ACCUCCUCUCCUCGAUCAGUUGUAUAUUUAUUAACAAUGAAGUCAUUGCCGAUUGGCUUCGUCGUCGUCUUCUUCGUCGGGCUGAUCCCGCUCGCGAGUACUCUCUCCGACGCUCAGUGUCAAAUCCUCUUUCAGGGUUUUAACUGGGAAUCAUGGAGGAAGGAAGGGGGCUUGUACAACUACUUGAAGUGUCAAGUGAAUGAUCUAGUCAAAGCUGGAGUCACCCAUGUUUGGCUCCCACCACCGUCCCAUUCCGUCUCAGAACAAGGAUACAUGCCGGGGCGGCUGUACGAUCUGGAUGCAUCCAAGUACGGGUCGGAGGAGCAGCUGAAGUCGCUGACGGCGGCGCUGCGCGAGAAAGGGAUAAAAUCCGUGGCCGAUAUCGUGGUCAACCACCGCUGCGCCGACCGCAAGGACUCGCGCGGCAUCUACUGCAUCUUCGAAGGCGGCACCAACGACAGCCGCCUCGACUGGGGCCCCCACAUGAUCUGCAGCGACGACACCCAGUACUCGGACGGCACUGGCAACCGCGACACCGGCGCCGCCUACGCCUCCGCCCCCGACAUCGACCACCUCAACCCCCUGGUGCAACGCGAGCUCUCCGACUGGCUCAACUGGCUCAAGACCGACGUCGGCUUCGACGGCGGGUGGCGCCUCGACUUCGCCCGGGGAUACUCCCCCGCCAUCGCUGGAAUCUACAUUUCCCAGACCAAGCCCGACUUCGUGGUGGCGGAGCUGUGGAGCUCCCUCACCUACGGCAACGACGGGAGGCCGGCGUACGACCAGGACAGCAGCCGCCAGGAGAUGGUCAACUGGGUGCACGACGUCGGCGCCGCGGGCCCCGCCACCGCCUUCGACUUCACCACCAAGGGCGUGCUGCAGGCGGCGGUGCAGGGGGAGCUAUGGAGGCUGCGGGACCCGCAGGGGAAGGCCUCGGGCAUGAUCGGGUGGUGGCCGGACAAGGCGGUCACCUUCGUCGACAACCACGAUACAGGGUCGACUCAGAGGCUGUGGCCUUUCCCUUCCGACAAGGUCAUGCAAGGCUACGCCUACAUUCUAACGCAUCCCGGAAUCCCCACCAUCUUCUACGAUCACUUCUUCGACUGGGGGCUGAAGGAGCAGAUCACGGCCUUGGCGGCGAUCAGGACUCGAAAUGGAAUUCGCAAGGGGAGCUCGCUGCGGAUCCUGGUUGCGGAUGCGGAUCUGUACAUGGCUGUCAUCGAUGAGAAGGUCAUGGUGAAACUCGGGCCGAGAAUUGAUCUCGGGGGACUCGUGCCGGGCAGUUUCCAUGUCUCCACCUCGGGCACUGAUUACUGCGUCUGGGAAAAGAGGUGAUGAGAU